UAUAGAAAUCAAAGGCAAGUAGAGUGUGAAGAGUAUUAGUUUGUGUGCUUUUGGCUCUAAUACGUUGUUUUCAGACGAAGCAGUCGUCGCCUCUGGUUUUAAACUGUUUUUUUUCCCCACACAGAAAAUAAAUUGAAAUCCUCCCAUUGCUCUCUCCGCUUUCUUUUCCGUAACACACAUAUUUUCACUUCCAACAUAUACCUUUUCUACCAACACAAACACAUAAGUAUUUCUCGAUUUUGUGUAUGUAAAAGGAUAUUAGAUUUAGGCAACAAAUCCCUUUGCAAAUUUGAAAUUUAUUUAUCAAACCCAGAAAAACAAUUUUUGUGUAGAUAAUUUUUUUUUUUUUGUUAGUGUGUUUAUAGGUAAAUGCAUCAGAAGAAAUCUGAAGUUCAGAUCGGAAAAGAAAGCAGUUGCAUCUCUUCCGAUUUCAAUCCUACACCGCCCCUUGUUUCUUCUUCUUCUUUAUCUCUUCAUCAGAAACAUCCUCAAUAUACUUUGAUUUCUCCUGAAUAUCCUCCUCCUCCUCCUCACCAUACUGCUAUUCAGAUUUUUGUAGAAAAUGAUAAUGACCCAGUUCCAUCACCCCAUACCCCAACCAAAACCACCCCACACAAGAGACCUCAUUUGGGUAAUAAUCCUUCAAAAUCUACCUUCAAAUCUCCAUCUUUAUCCAAUUCUCUUCACAAAUACCCUUUUUCAUCUGUAAAAGCUCAAAACCCAUAUACCAAUUUCCAUAUAUACCCUUGCCUAUGCCAUCUUCGUCGAAUUUUGCGUCUCCAUAUCCGACUUAUACUACUACUUUCUCUACCCUUUUUCUAUUUCUUGGUUUCACAUCCAACCAAUUCUUUCUUUUUGGAUUUUCUUUCUGCUUUUGCGUUUUCAUCUGCACUUUUGUUUUCACUGAAUUUAGCACUGCCCAGACUUCCGUCAAUUCGGUUAUUCUUGGCUAGGUCUUUGCCAAUUAAGCUUUCUUCGUCGAAACAAGUGUCUAGGAAUGCUUUGCCGGUGUUUUGGUCAAUUGGGUCACGCGCAAAAAUUGAUAAAAGGGUAAAUUCAGGUUGCUAUGUACAGGCUUAUAGUAAUGGAGAUGUGUAUGAGGGGGAGUUUCACAAGGGGAAAUGUAGUGGAAGUGGAGUUUAUUACUAUUAUAUGAGUGGGAGGUUUGAAGGGGAUUGGGUUGAUGGGAAGUAUGAUGGACAUGGGGUGGAAACAUGGGCAAGGGGGAGUAGAUACAGGGGACAAUACAGGCAAGGCCUUAGGCAUGGAUUUGGGGUUUAUAGGUUCUUCACGGGUGAUGUAUAUGCUGGGGAAUGGUCUAAUGGACAAAGUCACGGGUGUGGAGUUCAUACUUGUGAGGAUGGAAGCAGGUAUGUAGGUGAAUUCAAGUGGGGAGUUAAGCAUGGCCUCGGACACUACCACUUCAGGAAUGGAGAUAAUUAUGCUGGGGAAUAUUUUGCUGAUAAGAUGCAUGGUUUCGGAGUAUAUGUUUUUGCAAAUGGGCAUCGGUAUGAAGGAGCCUGGCACGAGGGAAGGAGACAAGGGCUUGGGAUGUAUACUUUUAGAAACGGGGAAACCCAGUCCGGUCAUUGGCAAAAUGGGGUCCUUGAUAUUCCAAGCACACAGAAUAACUCCUAUCCUGUAUCACCUGUUGCUGUUUACCACUCCAAAGUGCUAAAUGCUGUGCAGGAAGCACGUCGAGCAGCAGAAAGGGCCUAUGAUGUGGCCAAGGUUGAUGAGAGAGUGAACAGGGCAGUUUCAGCAGCCAACAAAGCAGCCAAUGCAGCUAGAGUAGCCGCGGUGAAAGCUGUGCAAAAGCAGAUGCAUCAUCAUCGCAGGAACAGUGAUGACCUUCCAAUGUUCAACUGAUGGACUUGUUUCAAUUUAAGCCAUAAAGUGUUCAUCCUUUUUCACAGACAUCUGCAAAGGGAGAUUAAUCCUUAAAAUAUUCUCCUUUCAAUCACUUGUGUCAAUGGUGACUCUUGUGAUUUACCUAUCAUGCCCCAUGUGGAAGCUGGUCGUAUUGUCUACUGGUUUUUUGCCUUGUCGAAGUUGAUCAAUCCUCAAGCUGCUGCAUUAUGGUUAUUUAAGGUUCAACCCCCUUGCUAAGAAAGUGGAUGACAUUACCUGCUGGCUUACCUUUUUCAUUCAUAUGUUUUGUAAAUUCAGCUAAGUAGUAGAAUAUGAGGUUUUGGUGUCCAGAGAGAACCUCAACCCUACCAGCCUUCUCAUGUGUACUAACACUGUUGAGAAUCACUGGGAGUCGUAAAAAAGGAAAUAGAAAGGCUCAUCUUUAUUA